AUCUGACCACAGAACCUGUUCGCUUACUUUUGCUUCCUCUAAGACAGUUCACACGCUCUCUCACAAUAGUUCCUUCAUGUGAGAGUUGCAAUAGAGAAGCGCUCCUUGCAGCAGCAACAGAAGUGCCACCGCCCUGAAUCCAAGCCCUGGCGUUCCUAAUCCAUGACCUGUGGACCUUUGUGUCCUGACAUGCCUGUGAAAGGUGCCCAAUCCCAGGCAGUGUACUGUACAGCCAGCCAUGGAGCAUCAAGCCUGGGUACUGAGGAGUUUCCUGGUCCAGCUGGAGAGACAGGAGGCUGCAGACGAGGAGGCACCGAAUGGCAUUUCUGGGGAGUUUGCUAGACUGAAAAGCCAGUCAACUAAGUACCGCACUGACAGGACCUUCCCCUCCAAAACAGCGGAAAGACAAGAAAACAUCAAGAAGAACCGAUACAAGGACAUCGUUCCCUUUGACCACACCAGAGUAAAGCUCACUCUUAUGACAUCUAAAAAUGACACAGACUACAUCAAUGCCAGUUUCAUCAAGGGAGUAUCAGAAUCCAGGGCCUACAUUGCCACUCAGGGUCCUCUGCCUCACACUGUACUCGACUUCUUGAGGAUGCUUUGGGAGUACAACGUAAAGGUUGUUGUGAUGGCCUGUCGAGAGUUUGAAAUGGGAAAGAAAAAGUGUGAGCGCUACUGGCCACAGGAACAGGAGCAGUCAUUUGUGUGUGAGCCUUUUACAGUUUAUUGUGAUUCUGAAGAAAAUAAAGGCGAUUUUCUUUCAAGGAAGUUACGGGUGACUUAUCACAAUUGUAGCCGAACGUUGACACAGCUGCACUACGUCACAUGGCCAGAUCACGGUGUGCCAGACUCCAUCCCUCCCAUUCUGGAAAUGUUGGAUGAGAUGCGUUCCGAUCAACCCCACGAUGACGUCCCCAUUUGCAUCCACUGCAGUGCUGGCUGUGGUAGAACAGGAGCCCUGUGUGUCAUUGAUUAUACUUGGAACCUCCUGAAGAAACAGAUGAUCACUCCAGAUUUCAGUGUCUUCGACUUAGUUCAAAACAUGAGAACUCAGAGGCCCUCGCUGGUUCAAACCAAGGAACAAUAUGAGCUGGUGUACAGAACUAUCAAGUUACUUUUUGAGAGAUAUCUGCAGGAUAUCUGUGAUGUGCAGACCCACAGGAAUGAGGUGUCAAUGGCUCCGUCUGCUAUCACGCCUGAAACUGACAGCGAGCUCUCUGACCUGAGUGAGGAUUCGGAUUUGGUGCCACAGUUGCAGCACCUGCUUGAUGAGGACAGGUACACUUUACCACAGUACAACAUUCCCUUGCCUUCCACUUCAGAAAAUCUCAUUACCUUGAGAUCCGAGGACACACAGAGGGACCAGCAACAAUGGUACCUACACCGGAGUCUUCCUGAGGCGGUGGCUCCCGUGCAGGACUUGCAAGAGGGACCCGGUACUUCACCCAAACUGGUGCAUACCAGCCAGAGAGCCCCUGCAGUAGAGGAGAGGAUACAAGAGAGCAAUGACAUACCAUCACUGAACCCUCCAGCUUCACCAGCUGUGGCAGCAGCCAUUUGUCUGAUGGUGGAAGAUCCCUACUUUGACACCCCAGUGAACUCCCCUUCCUCAGAGGAGGCACAAGUGGACUCUAAUAUAGGAGCAAAAGAAUGGACAGUGAGCCCUGUCUUCAGUGCGCCGACAGUGUGUCUGAAUGACCAGACUGUGGAGUUAAACUCUCCUCCCUCAGAUGAAGAGGUACCUCCUCCCCUACCUCAACGAACCCCUGAAUCAUAUGAGCUGGCUGUGGGUGCAGAGCAAUCGGAUCCCUGUGAGAGGCUAAUGGUUAUCAUUCCACCCAAUGCUGCUGCUGAGGCUGUCAGGGAUUUGAGAGGCAGCCCACCCUCACCGGUGCCCCCGCUUCCAGAGAGAACCCCAGAGUCAUUUGAGUUGGCUGCCGAUCAAGUUCCUAUGGAGUCAAAUAUCACGCCGGCAGUCACCCUGAACAGAAUAGGAAGGUCUGCAGAAUGGUCCGGUAACUCAGUGCAAGCAGCCACAUCUCAGAAUGAGUCAAAACCUUGGGCGAGGAGUAAGAGCCUCAAAGCAAAAAUGACCUUCACAGCACCUGUACCACAUCCUGCUCUUGCAUCAAAUACAACUUCAUACCUUCACUCCUACUGCCCACCACUGGAUUCACUGACUCCUCCACUGCUUCCUCAAAGUGAGGAGAGCCUGACUCCUCCCCUUCCUGACAGAACCCCAGAGUCCUUCAUCCUCACCACAGAAGAGACAGCCCACAAGGCAACCGUCCUCUGUCCGCAGCCCUUAGAAACCACCUGUCCCUCACCAAGGGAAGGCCUGUCCUCUAAGAGUGAGAGCACCAGUCAGCCCAAGAAAUUCCUAGAUGUUGUUAUGAAUAGAAGCAAGAGUGUGCGAGCUAAAAGUUCAAGACAAGACCCCCUCACUGCAGCUCGGGAACUCGAUACACCUCCUGUGGUCGUGGCUGAAGGAGGAAGUGCUCAAGUCAAUGUGAACCACAUGCCCUCGCUGAACACAGAGACAUCAGGAAACAAAUCAGAUAAAGGCAUCCAAAAGGGCCCAUCUAGAAGGAGUUUGAAGUUUUUCAGACACAAACAAAAGCCUAAAAUUACUCCCCCACCACCUCCUACUCAACCUGGAACACCACCUCCAUAUGGUGCCUCAUCUUCAGUGUUCAAAUUCGGAUUUGGCAACCGUUUUUCAAAGCCGAAAGGCCCCAGGAGUUACCCAGAGACCUGGGUUUGAGACCGUCAGCCCCCAUGAAGAUACUGUGGAAGGUCAAAUACAGUGGACCUGAAAAGGACGGAAGGCUGUUUCUCUUUGUCUCACACAGCACAGUGGCGCCCCCAGCAGAGUACAUGAAGGGUCUUCUUAUCAUCCCCGUUGAACGGGGGCCAGUCCCUCGGACCAGUGACUUGAAUGUUGAAGUAAAACCUUAACCUUUAGAGGAAUUUAAAUGAGGAAGUGAGCAUUCAGCAGUGAGAAGUAUUACCCUUCCUGUUUAAAUGCUCAAGGCAAAGUUGUAAAACUCUGUGCAUGAGGAGUAUAUUUAGUUAUGUCUCUGAGUGUUUGUGCUUUUGGCAUGAAAUGAAAAAAAAAAACAACAGGUAUAGCAUUGCCUCUGGUUCAUCAGCACAUCACUAUUUCUGCCACAAAGACACCUUCACAUCAUUCAGUGUACCAGUGUCAGUUAUGUUUCUAUGUCAUAAUUCCGUCUGUAGUUUCUUUUAAACGAUCUUAAAAGCAUCCUGAAAAGCGUAUCUUAAAAGUACAGAGAAUGUGAUGCAUAUUAACUGUGCAUCUGAAGCAGUUAAACUGUGUUACGUACACUGGUUACACACAAAAUUAUUUAUUAAAAAAUAUAGAAAGUC